UGAACUUAUUGUUUUCAGCGUAUAUCCUGCACAAAAUGAAACUGGAAAAGUUUCUGCUUCUCUUCGUCGUGCUGCUUUGUGCGAUGGCUGGCAUUAAUGCUCUUACGUGUCAAGUCCCAUUCAUAGGCGGGCAUCUCUGCAGCGCUCAUUGCAGUGGACAUGGAUGGGGAAACGGAGAAUGCCACGGUGGCACAUGCGUAUGUGACGGACAAAAAUAAUGAUAUUUUUGAUGAUGUGUAUAUAAAACAGACAAAUAAAGC